ACACACACAUUCAAUUUUCGUUUCGAAAUGUGCUAUCAGUUUUGCUAACCUGGUUUUGUUUGUAUUUUUAACACCCCCAAUUUAUGGUCUAUUUCUCACUCAGUCAUCUUGAACCGCUUAUCUGCCAUCGGGUCGUGGGAUAUUUUCUGUGUUCUUCAAAUCUGUUUUUUUUUUUUUCCUUUGAAUAACAGCUUUUUGCUCAAACCCUCUUUGAACAGUUUUCAGUUUUCUUUCACAUCCUCAUAAUUUCUGGGUGUUAAUAAUGUUUUGUCCACCUCUCUGUGUUCUCAGGCUGCUCCGGACCGUCGGACUCGGAGCGAUUAUGCAGGAUGAGGCCACAUGGGUGUCUUCUAAUGUAUUUUUCUUCUGUGAAGGAAACACCUUAACGUGUUCCGGGGACACUCUCCCCCAAAACUUUGCAGAAACACUGCCAACAGAAAUGAGCCUGAAGAUAUUUGGUGAGCUGGACGCGGCGAGCCUUUGCAGCGCCGCACAGACCUGCAAGCUGUGGAAUCACAUCAUCGAGGACAGCGAGCAGCUGUGGAGCAACCAAUGCAUGUUGGUCCGAGCCAUCUGUCAGAGAGAAGUGGACGGAGACAGAAGAGGCGGUCUGUCCUGGAAGGUGACUCUGGUGAAGAAUUACACCAAAAGCUGCCUGAAGAGAGACUGGCUGCGAGGACGGUACAGCCGCGUGGGCUCGGCGGAUGAACUGCGCGGCCGGAAGAUGGUGCCACUGGACGCUGAGACUUGGGGCGAGAUCCUUCAGGCAGAGCUGGACAGAUGAGCCGCCGCACUUAUUCAUUUAAAGCACACGCAGCACUUCAAAGUCUGAUUUUAUUUUAAUUUAUGUUUUAUACGUUUGGGUGAUUUUGUGAUGACAGAAAAUUGUUUAUAACUGCUGCAGAUUUUUUUGUACUUA